AUGCGCGUGCUUCUCUGCCUCGCAGCCUGCGUCGCAUUGGGCAGGCCUGUGGCUGCCCAGUAUUCCAUUUGGGACAUCUGGCAGACCACCUGGGACAGAUCAAAGCUCUACACCUCGCUCAAGCCGUCGUCCCCCAUCAACUUUGGCUCCCCAGGCGCCAUCGGCCCCGCAGACAUCGACGUCGACGACACACAGACAUACCAGUCGGUUUGGGGCUUCGGCGGCUCACUGACCGACUCUUCCGCGCUGAUCCUGAACAACCUCAAAAACACCAACUCGAGCAGCUACGCUGCCCUGCUCAGGACGCUCUUCGACCCGACGGACGGCGCACAGGCCGCUGGCCUCACCUUCGUGCGAAUCCCCCUCGGCGCUUCUGACUUCUCUGCAAGUGGCGAGUACUACAGCUACGACGACACCAGCGGGGACACCGCCUUGUCCAACUUCAACAUCAGCAAGGCUCCGUCGUAUGUCUGGUCCGUGCUCAGUGACAUCAAGGCCAUCAAUCCGUACCUGCGAAUCAUCAUCACGCCGUGGUCUCCCCCGGGAUGGAUGAAGAGCUCGGGAACAAUGAACGGAGGCUCGUUCACGUCGAGCAUGAUCAACCCCUACGCGAAUUACCUCUUGAAGUGUGUCCAGGGGUUCAAGAACAAGGGCUUUACUGUAUACGGCAUCUCUAUCCAGAACGAGCCAGAAAACAGCAACGACAGCUAUCCCACAUGCCUGACCUCGGCGAGCCAAGAGGCGCAGAUCGGCACCGCCCUGCGCAGCCUGUUGAACAAGAGCGGGUUCUCGUCGGUCAAGAUCAUAGCCUACGACCACAACUGGGACGACGCGGGCGGGUAUCCGAUACAAGUCAUGCAACAAGCGCCGAAUGCGUUCGCGGGGGCUGCGUUCCACUGCUACGCGGGGACGGUCGACCAGCAGGAUACGUUCCAUGCCGCGUAUCCGCAGAAGGAGAUAUACUUUACCGAGUGCGCGAGUGAGUUUGGCUCUGACUGGUGGAGCAACAUCAAGUGGUUCAUGGACAACUUGUGGAUCGGCGCUAUCGAGCACAACUCGCACUCCGGCCUGAUGUGGAACAUAGCGCUGGACGGAAGCGGAAACCCAAAGCUCCCCGGGACGAACUCCUGCGGCGGUCCGGGCUGCCGUGCCAUCGCCACGGUCAACAGCGACGGCACCUACAGCCUCAACGAGGAAUACUACAGCAUGGCCCAGGCGUCGCGCGCGAUCCUUCCGCGCGACAUCAACGGGCCGUGGGGGAAGCGGAUCGGCGUCGCUGUUGGCGGCGACUUGAAUUGGGCGCUGCGCGUCGGCGCGUACGUGACCGGAAGGGCCUCGUCGUCGGACUGGUUGCGGUAUAGCCUCGUCGUGAUGAACUGGGAUGACAGCGCGAGCACGACGUGGAACCCUCAGCCCGUGCAGGCGACGAUCGAGUUCCGGGGCACCCAGGCCACCUACACGUUUCCUGUCGGCGUGACCACGCUCUGGUGGUACGCGCCGGCGACGUCGUUCGCGGGGAACGCCACCGGGGCGCAGGUGUCCGAUUUUGACGGGAUGAUCUACGCGGACGGCGCGCAGCAGCCCAUGGUUGCGUUCACAUGA